AUGGAGGGUGUCCAAGGGUCCUAUGGCGCAACUACAGCAGGACCUAACCGUCCCUCAAAGAAGAGAGGACAAAAACGUAAGGCUCCGUAUUCGGUACCGGAUAGAACCCCAAAUCCUACCACAGCCGUUCCAACUGUCAAUAACAUGAAGACGCUGAAUGAUGUCGAUCUGACCCAAACUCAUCAAGUUCAAAGUACCGUCACCGUGCCCACUACCAAGCCUACAAACGAUACGACAGAUGAACAUGAAAGUGCCACAGGACGCCAGGAUAUUCAUGCUUCCGAGAAAGUUGCCAAAUUGAUUGAGCAAUACUGCGAUCCGUCCAAAUGGACGGAUCAAGAAUCACGCGAAGGAUUUAUGGAUUAUGAAGUUGAGGAAGAUGGAUUCGCCCCUAACGCUUACGGCGAUGGUGACUCGGAUGAGGAUGAAGACGAAAACCAGAGAAGCUUUUUGACUCCACAGGAGCGAUUCGGAUUGAUCAAGCUGUUGUCUGGGUCCGAUACCGAGGACCCGGUGGAAAAGGUUAGACGGUGGGCGCCAAAAGGCUUGGUCCUUAGUGGAAAGCAGUUGAUGGCAGCCAUCCACCCCGAUCGCUUUCCCCAAGCCGAUCAGAAACAGAUGGCACAUAAAGCCUUCGUCAGAGUGGAUGAAGCGUUGCAUGGAAAUCGGGCAGCAGAGAUUAAGGGUCUCAACGAAGGAGACAGCUGUCUGGUCGAUUUUCUCGAAGACUAUCACAAAGAAGCCCACGUUAAGGCUACAGCAGACCUCAUCGGGCUAUAUGAAGCUUUCCGAAGAGGAGAUUCAAUAGACGCAGCCAGUCCCAGUCUCGCAAAAGAGGUGAAAACAGCGUAUGACAACCUCGAUGCAAUCAACGAUCAAAUCAGAACGCAGAACAUGGAAAUCCACAAUGACCCAGAAUUUGGCGUGAUCGAACUUGAUCAACUGACGAACUGCUGGAAACAAGAGAACCGCAAGACUGCACCUGUACUGCUGUGGAAACUUUGUGAAGUCAGUCAUUAUCCAAUGGGAUGGGCGUAUCAGCCGCCUCGUGAGGACUACACAUACGACCUGGAACGCGGAGAGUACUGGGCUGCAAUAAGAUCCCGCAUCACCACUACCCUAGAACACUUCUGGAACACCUUCUUGCAGGACUACCUUGAAAACACCAGUGAUAACGUUGUGGUCCAGGAGAUCCUGGCUGCGAAAGCAGCCUGUGAGAAUGCCAUAACUGAGUCGAACGUGUCCAGUGGACGACCGGAGCAAUUGAACAUUGUUGACCUUGAGGAUAUUAUGGCCCAUUACUGUGGGUUAAAGUACUUUUUGGGACAGUCCCUAAAAGAGCAAUUCGACAAUCUCGUGCGCCAUUUGAAGGGCAGACUGGUGUCAUGGCAGCUUCCGGAGGAAUGGCUUCCAAAUCAGUCGUCAAGUACAGGUCAGGAGAAGAAAGAGGUGGGGUCAGAGUUAAACCCUAGGAUGGACGGCACCCUUCAGGCUAGACAAAUCGGCCAGAACAAAUAUGUAAUACCAAUCAAACCACGCACGGUUGAUGGAACGGCGGACCCAGGGUUCACUCGCUACAAGGAAAAGAUCAUUGCGUAUCUACCGAUUGGUGCGUUCAGCGCCCGGUAUGUCAUUGAAGCCGAAGAUGGCACGCGUCUUCUAGUAAAUAGUGGACGUGCUGGUGGCAAGCAAGUCCUCCCGGCUGCCAAAGAAGCAGGAGUCCCACGCACAAUCUCGUCCCGAGAUAUUGGAAGAAUCCUCGGGACAAAGAGAUGGAAAUUGACAUAUGUUGCCGCUGAAGAGUGGAAUAUCAGCCGGCUGAACGAGAAAGGGGAGCCCAAAAUGCCCCUAAUCGUUGCCGGCAUUUCUACCGAGGAAGGGGAUUAUCAUGUUGCGCGCGCAAGUAUGCAUCAGGUGGCUGGGGCUCAAGCAUUCGACAAUAUCAUAGUCGAAAGUCUUGGAGGACAAAAGGACGAAAGCUUGGCAGAUUUUUUGAUGCGUCAACUACCAAGCAACGGGUCAUCUGUUCCAAAAAAUCUCGAAAAGCACACAGAUGAGCUGCGCACACUAAAAGACGACAUUGAAUGGCUUAAAACCACGAUGAGCCAGCUUGUUCUGCAUAAGUAG